AUGCAUCUUUUUGCCAUAGCUGCACUGCAAUUGCUGCAGUUUCUAGCAGCAAUGCCCCUGCUACUAUCAUACAAGACAGCAUUGCCUGGUUGCACUGAAUCAUGUGGAAACAUAAGCAUACCUUACCCGUUCGGAGUUGGCGACGACCGAUGCUUCCGUGAGGGCUUCAAACUAGUGUGCGACCCGGCUUAUGAUCCCCCCAAGCUCUUCAUGAACGACCCCGGAUACGAGGUUCGCAAGAUAAAGCUGUCACGCAGAGUUCUGCACCUCGACACCGGGAUCACCCAGAUGCUGGGGAGCAGCAGCUACAAACAGAGCUGGAACCUCAGCCUGGAUGGCAGCCUCUACCAGCUAUCAGCAUCCAUGAACGUUUUCGUCGCCCUAGGAUGCGGUUUCCAGUUCUUCGUAAGCCCUCCUGCAGCAGCAGGAGACAAUUCUAGCAGCAGCACCUGUGCUUCAGCCUGCCGGUCAGGCUACCCCGUGCUGGCAACCGACGGCACAUGCUCCGGCGUUGGCUGCUGCAACACGACGGUGCUCGAAGGCCACAACUCGUACGUGAUCAAGCUCGUGUCCCUCGGCGGGGGGAGAAGCUUCAACACGAGCAUGGUCGUGGUGAAGGGGGAGUGGUGGAGGAGGGCGGACAACGCCAUGCUGCUGCAGAAACAGGUCCUCGCGAGGCUGAGUGGGGCGCCGGAUGCUGCAGAGAAUGUGGGUGUCCGGACGGUGGUGGAUUGGAUGCUGGGUAGCUCGUCGUGCGUGGAGGCGCAGAAGCUGAGUGACUUUGGGUGCCUCAGUGAGAACAGCGAGUGCCUUGACGACCCAGCGGAGAGAGGCUAUGCGUGCAAGUGCCGCUCAGGAUAUGAGGGCAACCCUUACAUGCGAAACGGAUGCCAGGAUAUUAAUGAAUGCAUGCUGCCAAAUCCACCCCUUUGCUUUGGGAAAUGCAUAAAUACAGUAGGAUCAUAUGAGUGUAUCUGUCCAGGUGGCACAUCUGGUAACGCCCAGAUACAAAAUGGAUGUGUUUCAGGCAAACUGAAAAUGUCAGGACUCAUCAUUGCAAUAGGACUUGGUGGCAGUAUAGUCAUCGUAUCACUAAUUCUUGCUGGUGUUAUCAUAAGGCGCAAGCUCAAGUCUCGAAAGGCCAAAAGACUGAAGGAAAUUUUCUUCAAGCAAAACCGAGGACUGUUGCUUCAUCAACUCGUAGACAAGGAUAUCGCUGAAAGGAUGAUAUUCAGCUUAGAUGAGCUUGAGAAGGCAACAAACAAUUUUAGUGAGUCUCGAAAACUCGGUGGUGGUGGCCAUGGAACUGUCUAUAAAGGGAUUCUGUCUGACCAACGCGUUGUUGCUAUCAAGAAGUCAAGAUAUGCGAUUAAGAGAGAAAUUGAUGGAUUUAUUAACGAGGUUGCCAUACUUUCCCAAGUGAAUCACAGGAACGUAGUGAAGCUUUUUGGAUGUUGUCUUGAGACAGAAGUUCCAUUGUUAGUGUACGAGUUCAUUUCAAAUGGAACACUUCAUGAGCAUCUCCAUGUCGACUCUGCACAAUCAAUCCCAUGGACAGGACGGCUGAUGAUAGCCCUUGAAAUAGCAAGAUCUCUUGCCUAUCUGCAUUCAGCUGCUUCGGUAUCAAUCAUCCACAGAGAUAUCAAGACUACCAACAUCCUACUUGAUGAUAGGCUCAUAGCAAAAGUAUCAGACUUUGGAGCUUCUCGAGGCAUUCCAAUUGAUCAAACUACUCUAACUACUACUAUCCAAGGAACUUUUGGAUAUUUAGAUCCAGAGUACUACCGUACAAGCCGACUUACGGAGAAAAGUGAUGUAUACAGCUUCGGUGUCAUACUCGUGGAACUAAUAACCCGAAGAAAGCCAACUACCUACAUUUCACCGGAAGGCUUCAAUCUAAUUGAACAAUUCAUCCUGCUAGUCAGUGAGGACAGGCUCUGUGAAAUAGUAGACAGUCAAAUCAUUGAUGAGGGGGGAGAAGAAGAAGCCAGAGAAGUGGCAGAAAUUGCUGUGAUGUGCUUAAACUUAAAGGGUGAAGACAGGCCGACGAUGCGGCAGGUUGAGGUGAAACUUGAAGGGUUCCAGAGUGCUGUAAAUACUAUCAGAAGUGAUCAGUUAGCUCAACGGCAUUCAGUUCUGCUGAAUUAUCCAUCAAUUGAAGAGAGUAAUUGUAAUUCCAAUAUCAUUGCUGGCCACGCUGGUUAUUAUCACAGCUUAAGCAGGCGGCUCAGCAUGGAGGAGGAAUUCUGGUCAUCUAUGAGUUUUCCUCGAUGACCAGCUGACUCUCAUCUUAGUUCAUAAGGUUUCAUUUUGUUCUUGGGUAUUUUUUACGCUUCUCUUGAAGCAUUUGCAACUGCAAGGAACUUCCAAACUGUAUCAGUAUGGUCCUCCACAACUCUGCACGAUUUUUAACAGAGCACGGGAACUUGACAUUUCCCUGCAGUCCUUUGCAGUUUAUGCAUGAUGUAAUAACUUGCAACAAAAUUCGAGUAGUUGAGUACCACUAUGCACUGAUCGAGCAAAA